AAGUAGGCUUAGUAGUCUGCGCUGGCUUCAGUGUUAUUCCUAGCUGAAUGUAUUUCGUGACGAGUGUUGUUUUGUCCGUGUGUGGGCAAAAAGUUAGCUUGAUAUUUUAAUGUUAUUGUUUCAUUUUCAAGCUUUUUUGUAUCACCACCCAAGUAAGUCGUAGUGCUUUAAGCAGUUGAAUGUAUUUGACCAGUAAAACCAAGUUUUCGAUGGGGCUGUCCUGUGCUCGCUCUCGGAAGUUCUUUCAAGAUGGCGGAAAAUGCCAAACAAGUUGCACGUCUUGGAGGCAGCUAUAUCCUUAGUUCUUUCUAUUUCAUGUCUGUGAUUACCCUGACCUUGGACACAAUUUUUUCAAAGUGAAUGAACUUGUGAUUAAGAAGUACUGUAGUGAGUGAAACAAUGUGGAUCAGUGCAGUAUUGUCACCAUGUCAAUUUCAUUAAAGACUAUGGGCCUGCCAGUAUGAGCCCUGGAACUGAAACUAGCAUGAGCAACGCAGUUGGAAAAGCCGAUCGGACAGGCUAUCACUUAAAAGCCCUGCAAGAAAUUCGUAACUCACUCAGACCUUUUGCUACUGAGAAUGGUAGUCCUCUGCCUACCAUACCCAAAGAUGGACACAUUUCGUACCAGCAACAUCUCUAUCCAUACUCGUCUACAUCAUCUGGAUACAUAGAGCAUGAAAAUGGAAGCGACGGUUACAUGCAACGUUCCGACGGCCAAAUUCUGCAACGCUCUGCUACGACAGGAGUGUUCCCUCCGUCAUCCGGGCAACAGGUACACCGAAAGCCGAGUUUUGAGCGGGAACCGAGAAGCAGCCCUGCGUUUGAUACGAGUUCAGCUGCUUCAUCUAAUCGCUCAGAUAGCCCGGCCGCCUAUUUUAAUGGCCUGGGUCUUGUUCGUGGUCACGUAGCACCCGAAGCACCGCCUUAUUCGUCACGAAAUGCCUAUCCGUCGUCAUCGGACCCACCGCCUCCUCCGCCGCCACCUCGAGGUGCCACACCGCCUCCGCCUCCUUUGCCUCCACCUCCGUCGGCCGCAUCGAAAUCAACAGGGAGCCAACAUUAUCCCAGUAAUUUCCAACUUCAACAGAUGCUCAAGCGGAUGUCACCCGUGCCUAAUGCACCACCUAUUCCGGGACCGCGUGGGACCAGCCCAGCUCCGGCGCUUCCACCUGGUAGACUCCAGCCCCUCGUCGUCCAAAAUGGACCACAAGCACAAGCGCAGCUGACUCAGCAAAUGCAAGCCCUAAACAUGUACCAGCAACAACCCAGCAACGGUAGUAGUCCAUUGCCACCGUCAUCAGCCCCGCCCCCUCCUUAUCCAACCGGAUCAGCCUCAAAGUUAGUUGCUCCUCCUCCACCUUAUCGAGGGCCCGAUCCUGGGUUAUCUAAUCGACAAAGUCCGACGCUUCCCAGCCCAACCGGAAAGAGUCCUGCUCCUUUCCCGCCACCGACCUCAUCGUCGUCGGUACAAUCCGCAGGGAGAUGCCCACCCAAUCCAGCCUGGCCGCCCCGUCAAACACCGAUAAUCAUGCAAUCGGUCAAAAGCACGCAGGUUCAAAAGCCAAUAUUGCAAACAGCGGUGGCACCUUCAGGCCCUCCGCAAUCAUCAAGUUCGCCUCCUCCGCCACCUAUACCAGUCCGCUCUAAUCCGGCCGUUUCUGCAUCGCCACCACCACCUCCACCUCCCUAUUCCUCAUCUGGUUAUGCAUCUAGUAGUUGCCCGUCGCCAUCAUCUUACGCGCCCAUGGCUUCUCCAAGUCCGUUGUCCUUCGCCAGCACACCUUCUCCAGUCCCCAGCAGUCCGGCGCCAGUCCCGACGACUGAUCCACCGAGUUAUGCGUCCACCAUGCAGGCCUUGGCUGCCCAAAGACAGCAUGGGACGACCCCCACUAACGCCACGAAUGCCCUUGCCGUCAAUGGAUAUAACUUAUCCGCUACUCCUCCGCCGCCCCCACCUUAUCCUUCCUCUAUGGCAAAUGGUGGAACUGGACUCGCUCAGCAGGUGGAACCGCAGAAUUCGCCUCAUGGUCAGCUACCUCCCAAACCAGGGCAGCGUCGAUUUUCACCGUUGACUCUGGAGGCGCCAUCUUCGCGCUCAGAAAGCCCAAUGUCUUCGUCAGCAGCAUCGCAGUGCGAUUCGGGACGCCACGGAGGACCAAGCCAAUCACCAGUGAGUUUUGUUUCUUCUUCAGCACCGUCAGAGGGAACGCAAGACUCCGGUCUGGGAAUGAGUACUAAGAAUGAUGUGAAUGGCCACGGUGCACCAUCUAUUGCCAAUGGAGAGGAUGGUAAAGAUGAUAUGCCACCUCCUCCACCCCCACCAUAUAAGCUGACGCAUCAGUCACCCAUCCCCGAAAGGAAACACAUAUCUCGGGAACGUGAAGAAGAAAGAAGAGAAUCUAGUGUACGCAACUAUUCCCCACAGGCUUUCAAAUUUUUCAUGGAACAGCAUGUAGAGAACCUUCUGAAAUCGCAUCAACAGCGAAUGGAACGUCGCAUGCAAUUGGAAACGGAGAUGAAGAAGAUUGGUUUAUCCGAAGAAGCUCAGUGUCAGAUGAGGCGGAUGCUCUCUCAAAAGGAGUCCAAUUACAUCCGUCUGAAACGAGCCAAGAUGAACAAAGCCAUGUUUUUAAAAAUCAAAGCAAUCGGAGUGGGAGCGUUUGGUGAAGUGGCCCUAGUUCGUAAAAUUGACACCAAUAACCAUCUGUACGCUAUGAAGACGUUACGAAAAACAGACGUACUGAAGCGCAAUCAGGUGGCUCACGUCAAAGCCGAACGAGACAUUUUGGCGGAAGCCGAUAACGAGUGGGUCGUUAAGCUAUAUUACUCGUUCCAGGACAAAGAUAACCUCUACUUUGUCAUGGAUUACAUCCCUGGCGGUGAUUUAAUGUCACUUCUAAUCAAACUGGGGAUCUUCGAAGAGCAUCUUGCCAGGUUCUAUAUAGCCGAACUAGUAUGUGCUGUUGAAAGCGUACAUAAAAUGGGUUUUAUUCACCGUGAUAUCAAGCCGGAUAAUAUUCUUAUUGAUCGUGAUGGUCACAUCAAGUUGACUGAUUUCGGUCUGUGUACAGGUUUCCGCUGGACGCACAAUUCAAAAUACUAUCAACGCAACGGUGAUCAUUCAAGACAGGAUUCUUUUGAUCCCGGGGAAGAUUGGACCAAUGAGUGCCGUUGCAACAAUGCUGUCGGUGGCAAUUGCAACACCUUCGGAACACCUCACAUUACAGGUCAUCCGCCUGUUUUGAAAACGCUUGAAAGACGCCGGCGACGGGAGCACCAACGCUGCCUGGCACAUUCUCUCGUAGGAACACCCAACUACAUCGCACCAGAAGUGCUCCUACGUACAGGUUAUACACAACUCUGCGACUGGUGGAGUGUGGGCGUCAUUCUUUAUGAAAUGUUAGUCGGCCAGCCACCUUUUAUGGCUAAUACUCCCGCCGAGACUCAGUACAAGGUAAUCAACUGGUCGACUACGUUGCAGAUCCCUAACUAUGCAAACCUGUCCCCGGAAGCUGCUGACUUAAUUGUGCGUCUCUGUACGUCGGCUGAUCAACGAUUGGGCAGAGGUGGUGCCGGUGAACUCAAGACGCACCCUUUCUUCAACGGCGUUGAUUUCGAUGGUGGCCUUCGCAACAAAACAGCUCCCUAUAUACCCAAAAUUCGGUUUGCUACCGACACGUCCAAUUUUGAUCCGAUCGUGCCAGACAAGUUGCGGAAUAGCGCCGACGAAGAUAAAAUGGACAAUACGCUGGAUAAUGGGAAACAUCCAGUUCACGCCUUUUUCGAGUUCACUUUCCGUCGGUUUUUCGAUGACGGUGGUCACCCUCGGAUGAAUCCAGAUGAGAAUGAACCGAACCACGGGCCCGUCUACGUCUAAAUUUAACGGUUAGCCCAUUUGUGUAUACGUUUGUGUGAUCUAUUCACGCUCUAUUGCGCCCACAGAGAAAGGUUAUCGUGGGGGUUCCAACCAACCAAACCAAAACAAAGCUUUCACUCUCUACAGUUUUUAAAAGGCAGGCGCUUCGAAUUGUUAAAAAUGAAGUCAGCAAAAUUCCAUUCGAUUUUGACAUAGCAACAGCUUCUAGUGCUGUUAUAACCGAACGUUCCAUUACUAGGAACUGAAUCUCGCGAUGUUGCUGCCGUCUCCCCCUAGAUCACAGUGUCCAAAGAAUACUCGGCCCCACCGUUUUUCAACGCGAAUGAAAUUGCGAAACCCCUGUUUGUAUCUUUCGAAAUAUUUCGAUAUGGUGGGUGAUGGGUUGAGGAAUUUUGACUUUUUUGUUUGCUGCCUUUAGAAUCAUGAUUUACGUUACUAUUGAAUGCCAGUGUAUCGAAACAAAUAAUAAAAAAAUAAAAAAACCUUUCUCUUUUGGGAAGGCCUCUGAUUUAGGGUACGUCCACAAAUGUCAUUACGUUUUUUUUUUUUUUCUGUUUCAAAUAUUUCCUUUCGUUUACUACUUCGUUAGCUAUUUGUUUUCCGCCCUCGUGUUAGAUUUUGCUAUCGACUUACCAAUCCUCCUUUAUGUUUUUGUAAAGAGCUGUGGCAAAGAAGGUUGCGCAAAUGGCGUUUGGCCAAGCGUUUUUUCGAUGCCCUUUUGUAAGCCAUCCGUUAGGGUUUACUGCAACAUUUGCGGAAUUCGUGCCUUCGGAGCGUGAACCUGUCGAAUGGCCCAUAUCUUGUAAUCUGUUGUAUAUUGUGCUAAUCUGUAAUUAUAGUGAUCCACUUAACAUAUGACGGUGGAAAAAGGUCGAAUGUAUGUGCGUGUAAAUUAAAUCUGGAAGACAAUAAAUAAAGUGUGUUUUUAACUUGAA